UUCAUUGAGUCAAGUGUUUGAGACUGUAGAGUGAAAGUUUGAUUUAAGAGAGAUUAAAAAAAUGGUGGGUAUGGAUUUGUUCAAAUGUAUGAUGAUGAUUGUGGUGUUGGUUAUCUCUUGUGGUGAAUCUGUUUCUGGAGCUAAGUUCGAUGAGCUUUAUCGCUCAAGCUGGGCUAUGGAUCAUUGUGUCAACGAAGGCGAAGUCACAAAACUCAAGCUUGACAAUUACUCUGGAGCUGGAUUUGAAUCGAGAAGCAAAUACUUGUUUGGUAAAGUCUCUAUCCAGAUUAAGCUUGUUGAGGGUGAUUCAGCUGGAACAGUCACUGCUUUCUACAUGUCUUCUGAUGGUCCGAACCACAACGAAUUCGAUUUCGAGUUCUUAGGGAACAAAACCGGUGAGCCUUAUAUUGUCCAGACCAAUAUCUAUGUGAACGGAGUUGGAAACAGAGAACAAAGACUUAACCUUUGGUUCGAUCCCACCACUGAGUUUCACACUUACUCAAUCCUCUGGAGUAAACGCACUGUUGUAUUCAUGGUAGAUGAAACUCCGAUUCGAGUCCAGAAGAAUCUUGAAGAUAAAGGUAUCCCAUUUGCUAAAGAUCAAGCAAUGGGAGUUUACAGUUCGAUUUGGAAUGCAGAUGAUUGGGCAACACAAGGAGGUCUUGUUAAAACUGAUUGGAGUCAUGCUCCUUUCGUUGCUUCUUACAAGGAAUUCCAAAUCGAUGCUUGUGAGAUUCCGACAACUUCUGAUCUAAGCAAGUGUAAUGGAGAUGAGAAGUUUUGGUGGGAUGAACCAACUGUCUCUGAGCUUAGCCUUCAUCAGAAUCAUCAGCUUAUUUGGGUUCGAGCUAAUCAUAUGAUUUAUGAUUAUUGUUUUGAUGCUGCUAGGUUUCCUGUUACUCCUCUUGAGUGCCAACAUCAUCGUCAUUUGUAGUUUUAAUGUCGUCUUCUUUAAGGAAUUAGCCAAGAUAAAUGGAUCAAGAGAACAUGUGGUUGCUCUUUGAUGAUUCUGUUUUAUGUAUAAAUAAUCAAUUUUCUA